UUUAAUGACAAACUUUUUGAAACUAACCCGAGUGCACUGGUCUGCUGUGUAUUUUAUUCUCCAUGUCAGACUUGGAGCAGCAUCCAUUCGGCGCGUGGAGAUGUUGAGACGCGUUUGAGGACCCAUGGACACUCUGGAAAACUCUCACUUAUUGUUUUGUUUGGAGGACUGAGGACUGACUGGACCUGCUCGGCCAUUGUUGGCUCCAGCUACCUGAUCAUUACCUGGCUCUAGUUUCUUCAUUGUCCUCUGCUGGUGUGGAGACAUGUGGCGCAGAUUGUCUCUGGUGAUCUUCUGCUGCGCUGUGAGCGCUCUGGAUGCUCUGGAUGCUCUGGAGUCGGUCCGGAGCGCAGAGACGCUGCUGGGUAAGCCGAAAGGAGCAGCAGAGCCGGGUAAGCCGACCAGGGAGGCUCCCCCCGCGGCUACAGUGGAGGACAGUCUGCGGGGGAGGGAGCAGCAGUCCCCGGGGAGAGAGGAGGAGAGAGCUCCGCAGCCCACAGCCGAGCCGCUGGAGGACGAGCUGGACAACCAGGAGAACAUCAUCAGUCAGCUGCUGGGUGAUUACGACAAAGUAAAGACGGUGUCCUCGGGCUCCGACUGUGUGUGCCGCUGUGUUGUUCGACCAAUCAAACGCUCCGACUGCAGCCGUAUCCAUGACAGCGACCCAGCAUCGCUGUCCCAGGAUCAUUACACCGUAGAGACCAUCACUAAGGGAACAGACUGUCAGCAGUGUGUGUGUAUGGCUCCACCGUCAGCUGUUAACCCCUGUGAGGGAGAGUACAGGUUCAAGAAACUACAAGAGGCCAGCAGAGACGACAUCAAGCUGGCGACCAUCAUCGACCUGUUGGAGGGAUCUCUGUACGGACUGGACCUGCUGAAACUCAACUCUGUCACCACCAAGCUGCUGAGGAGGGUGGACAACAUGGAGAAGGCUUUUGCCCGUAAUUUCACUGAGAGAGCGAGAGAAAAAGAACGUGUGAAGGAGCGAGCCAAAGAAAAGGAGAAAGAGAAGAAGGCCCAGCAGAAGAAAAAGAAAGUGAAUGAUUUGGAGCGUGCAGGACAGAAAAGUGGAGCAGGUGCCUUCGCCAACAAGCAGAAGAAUUAUGAAGGUCAGCUGAAGAAGAACCAACAACAAGACGGUCUGGAGCAACAACAGCCGACCAGGAACAAGACCAAGACCAGCAGAGAGAAGACGGAGGCCAAGCAGCCCGUGAAGGUGGUCCGGGGCGUGACCUUCUACAAGGCGGAGCAGCAGGAGAGCUUCAGAGAGGAGGAGGAGGAGGAGGAGGAGAGAGUGAGAGGAAGAUAUACAACUAUUGCAAAUACUGACGCACUGAUCUGGGACCAGAAGCCCCCUACCAGGACUUCCCCGACCAGGACUCUAAGACCUCCAACCACUGUUAGUCUCCUUGAUGAAUCCAGAUUAGUGCUGAGCUCAGUGUCACCCACACAGCCACCAACAGCUCCACCAACUACCACCCAACAAACCACAACGACAAGCACAGCAGCUCCCACCACCAUGGUACCAACAACUGAAUUAACCACCAUUCUACCAACAACUGGACCAACCACCGUGGUACCAACAACAACAACGACUCCAAAACCAACAACGACCAAACUGAACCCAACUACUUCCCAACAAACCACUAUUCAGCCCACCAGGCCCGCCAAUCAGCAAACCACCAUCUCAGACAAUAAAGCUCCACCGACUGAUGCGUCUCUCAGGGCCCAACCUCCACCAAGACCCAAGAGUGGACUCAGCUGGACGGAGAGUCCUGCUGACCAACCAAAGACCACCAAAAAGCCUGCGGUGUGUAAGGACACGGUGGCCAGCCUCUCUGAACCGGUGGAGCAGAACUCUUACGGCCUCAGUGAGGGAGCCUGGAUGAGAGACGCUCGCGGCCAUGGCAACGUCGUCUACGUUACUAAUGGUCACUAUGGCAACAACCUCCUGGAGUUCCGAGACAUGGACACCUUCAAAACAGGUCAGACCAGUAACUCAUACAAGCUUCCCUACAGCUUCACUGGAACGGGCCACGUGGUGUUUAACGGAGCGUUCUACUACAACCGAGCCUUCAGCAGGGACAUCAUCAGGUACGACCUGAGGCACAGAUACGUAGCUGCAUGGACCACGCUACAUGAUGCUCUGCUAGAGGAGCAUGUUCACAGGACACAAACUGAGGUGGAGUUUGCUGUGGAUGAGUCGGGGCUGUGGCUGCUCUACCCGGCUCUGGACACCGAGGGUUUCCACCAAGAGGUGAUGCUGCUGAUCCACCUCCGGCCCCGAGACCUGCAGCCCAUACAGACCUUCCGCACGGGUCUCCGGCGUGGUCGCUACGGAAACAGCUUCCUGGUGUGCGGCGUGCUGUACGGAGUGAACAGCAUGCAGCACCGAUACGCCAACGUGACGUACGCCUUCGACACGCACACGCUCACACACACCGUGCCCAGCCUCGCCUUCACCAACAUGCACGCUCAGACCUCCCAGCUGGCUUACUGCCCGCUGGGCAAGAAACUCUACGCCUGGGACGCCGGGCAUCAGAUGACCUAUGAUGUCAUCUUUGCUUAUUAGCACAAUGAAUGGACACAUAGCAAACCCAGAAAGAAGCCACAGGAAGCAGAAGAAGUGACAUAAUACCUAAACGGAUAUUUUUUAUCAGUGUUUUGUUUUUUAAGUGACUGUGGAUCAGUCUGAAUGUGUUUUAUAAGGACCUGAGCUGACACCAAAGUCAGUUUUAACCAGCACUUAACUCCAAAGAAGUCAGCAAAAGACAAAACCCCGGUAGUCAUAGGAAUGAAUGUAAAUAAAUGUAUUCACUUAUUUCACUAUUUCUACAAAUGUAAAGUUUCCUCUGAUCGUAAAACUCUGUUGACCCGUCCUCUGAACUUUGGAAACAACUUUGGUUAGCAGAGAACACAUCUAUUUUUCCUGUAUUUUCACAGAUUUGCACACAUUUAUCCUAUUGGUAUUUACCAGAACAUCAUAAUACAGUUUUGUUGAAUUAAGUGUGAGUGUGAUGGAGAAAUCACUGGUGUGAGCAGCUGUCCAUGUCCACUCCCAUAUUUAUUUCCAUUCCAUUCAAUUUUAUUUAUAUAGCCCAGAAUCACAAAUCACAAAUUGCCUUGAAGGGCUUUCCACUCAAAUGGUUCUUAAAAAAUGCCAAUAAUGACCCUGUUAAUCCCAUUCUUCAUGUGCUUUGAGCAAUCAGGUCUGUGGACAAACAAGAUGAUUUCUUACAUCAAGUUUCAUAAAUGAUGAACACUGUGGAGGAGAGUUCUCUAUAUACACUCACCAGCCACUUUAUGAGCCAGCGAGGUGUACCUAAUAAAGUGGCUGUGUGAUCUUCUGCUUCAAGGUUGGACAUGUUGUGAGUUCAGAGAUGCUCUUCUGCAGACCUUGGUUGUAACCAGUGGCUAUCUGAGUUACUGUUGAACCAGUCUGUUCAUUCUCCUCUGACCUCUGACCUCUGACCUCAACAAGGCAUCAAGGCUCUCUGGAUAUUUUCUCUGUAAACUCUGGAGGAAAUCCCAGUAGAUCACCAGUUUGUGAACCAUCACUCACAGCAACAACCGUGCCACAUUCAAAGUCCUUUAAAUCACUUUUCUUCCUCAUUCUGAUGCGCUUUGACCUUCAGCAGCUCGUCUUCACCGUGUCCACAUGACGAAAUGCAAUUGAGUUGCUGCCGUGUGAUUCUGCUAUAUGAUUUCUUCUGUAUCUCCAUGUUGAUUGUUGAAGCACAAUGAACAGAAACCAACUGGUGGUGCUGCUGUGUGUUGUUCACAAGCUCAAGUUCAUGAACUUUUGGAAGGUACCACCUUAAUAAUAAAACAGAACUUAAUAAUAAAACCCUUAAUAAAUCUUUUAUGGAAGAA